UCAUUUGCUUUCAUGCCCAGGUUUUCAGAUAGUGGGUCAGUCAGUCAUCGUCACUUUUUUUCAGUUUGGGCAGGAAGAAAAGUGAUAAAGUUGAGUCAAUGUGUCAUUUUUGAUAGUUUUUUUCGUUUUUUUCGAAAAGUUACACCCACAUUGUUUACAUAUAGUAAGUCAUGUUGGAUUACUAUAGUCUACUCCCGUACAGUGGUGACAACGAGGGUUGGACAGUUGUGACUGGGCGGAGACAAAAGCGGAGAAGGGCGAGUUCGUCGUCAGAUUCGACGACGGCGACUCCAGUACCGCCGAGGAGGAAGUGUGCAAAGAGAUAUUGGGAGAGGAAGGUUGAGGAUAAGGGUCAGAUUGACGAGGUCGAAGGUCAUUCACGGGACGAUAGGUCGGGUCAAGGUCAGCGUGAAAAAGUCAUCCCGCAAAGUCAAGGUCAGUGUGAAGAAGUCAUCCUGCAAGAUCAACGUCGUGACGAUGCUUCCGGUGGCCCAUUCUCUAAUUUUGUCACUCUUUCGACAAUAUUGUCUUUCUUGCCCCUUCGUGACGUCAAGUCGGCCCGACUCGUGUCACGUUUCUGGUCAGAAGUUGCAGCCCCACGUUUCGAGUCGCUCUCGAGUUUGGAGCUUGACCUCCUCUCGCCUUCCUUGGGACGAACCCCGACAGAUUUUUGGAACAAAGUGGGACGUUUGCCAUCCUCGGGGGUAAAAUUGGUCAGAGUUCCGUUUCGUGAUGGAGGAUUGAUGAAGUUCAUGGGGAAGUUUGGGGGACAAAUAAAAUCUCUCAGUGUGGACGCUGUGGCGUGUGGGGAUGCCGAAGUGGAGAUGGGAAACGAUGCCAUACAGAAGAAUUAUUUUCUGCAGAUAUCGAACUGGUGUCCACUCCUGGAGUCUCUGCACCUCGCCAAUUUGCCCUCUUCCCUUGUCGAAGGGGGUUUUCCUCCCUUAAUGCGAGGCCUCAUGCGGCGUGCGUGCCCAUCUCUGAGGUCACUCUCCAUCUCCUGCUCGUCCUAUUAUUCCGGUCUGGAAGCCAAUUUCCUCCUCGACCUGCUCGAGUUUGCCCCCAACUUAACCUCGCUCGCGUUCCAUUUGGAGGACGACGAUGCUCUCGAAGAAGUCUUCACUGUGUUGGAAUUUCGUCCACAGAGGGUGGCACUCUUGAAGGCGUUGUCUUUCGGGGGGAGCACUUUGUUCGAGGCGCAGAUCGCGGUGCUGGCCAGUUUGGAGCUGCAGCGCAAUUUGAACUCGCUCAACUUGGGAAAAUUAGGCCUCGAUGUGGUCCCCGAGGAUGUGACAGACCUCCUGAAAAGGAUGGGACGGCGUUUGAAACGUCUUCGGGUGGAAGGAGCGCAUAGCAAUUGUCCCCUGCAUCUGCCCGAGUUGCCAGAAUUGGUGGAGUUGACGUUGGACCAUGUCGUCAAUGAGGAGGAUCAUCCAGCGUCAAAAUUUUUUAAUGCGUUUCCAAAAUUGAAGAAGUGUACGCUGGGAGGAAGGAUACAUUAUGUUUGAGAGAUUAAUGAGGAAGAAUUGUAGGAGUGUAUUUAUUACAAAUAUGUAUUAUGCCAAAUAAUUGCAUGCAGUACCUAUAAAUAAUUACGAGAAAUAAUAUGAGGUCACAUGAUAUGUAAAGUAAUCUUUUUUAUUUAAGUUAAUGUAAGUUCUGUAUACUUAUUAAACCCCACUCGAAAUGAAAUCUCAUAUUAAACCGUGUUUAAUUUACGGUAAUUAGUAUAUGAGUGCAAUUAAUUUGUCAUUACAAAGAUGCACAUGGCAAAUCACUGCAUACACAUUAUACGUCCUUAACAGUAAUUUCAUAUCACAUUAAAUACUGACUAAAUGUUUA